AUGGCUGACACGUCUUCCCACUCGCCUGGGAAGGGCCCUAACAAGAAAAAACCUCUCCCAUUCCUCAAGACCAUUUCAAAAUCAUUUCAAGGCCAGGAUGAUGUUGAGGAGGAGGGGAGGGAUGAGCAGAAGGAGAAAAAGAAGAGGAAGGACAAGGACCAGAGUGAUGACGAUGCACUCGCCAUGUUCAGGCGAUCCAAGAGUUUCUUCCCUGUCAUCCUCCAAGAACAGGAGGAACGACGCAAGGCGGCUCUGCAAGUUAAUAGGGAGGGGAAAAUACAUGGAAUCGAUGAGGACGAGGAGGAAGAACCGAUAUUAUCCACCUCGCGGUCGGUCAAGCGUCGUAGGCGGUCUUCUCCACAUGAGCCUGAGAGGCCGGCGUUCCAAGAGAGCUACGAUGACCUGUACGGCCCUGCAACACCACCGCAGCGACGCUCCUCAGCGUCCCCGACUGGUUCUUCCCUUGGAAUUGGCUUCAACCACACCAUGUACAUGCCACGUUUGCGUCAGGAGCCGCCCGCACCUCUGUCGUCCGAUGAUACAGAGAAGGAGCACGAAACGACUAGAAAUGAACAGGGCGACACCCUGCUGACUCCCAGCGGAUCAAACUCUCACCAAGUGCUUGCUGAUGAUGCGAUUGCCCUGGACGACACAUUUGCGAGCAACACGUCUACCGGAAAAGACGAGGAGGGCAAGCCAACACCCAUAGUCCUCGAUGAUAGUGACGAUGAUCUGAACGAGCCUGCUCCUGCUCCCGCUCACGCUGAAGACGAAUUUGAUUUCUUUGUCAAGCGAGCUGCCAUGCGCGAAGAAAAGGCCAGGCUCGCCGCGGAAGCUCUCACGAGCCUAGAGGGCGAAGGUUUUGAUUCUCCGGCCACCGAUGACACAGGGUUUGAGCCCAAGGGGCGCAAAGCACUCAUCCCGGUGCGAAUCUUCAUCGUCUCCCGACUGGGAGAUAUAGAAGUACGCGACAUAUUCGGAUCGAAGCGUGGUCUUCACCAGGACCUCGGACUUGUGCGACGGACCUACGUUCAGUGGGUACAGCGGGACAGGCCUGAAAUCACAGAUGACAUGGCGAGGGGCAUCUUCCUGACCUGGAAAGGGCGCCGCAUCUAUGAUUCUGCCUCGGGAGCCAGCCUUGGCUGGAUGCCUGACAGCCAAGGCAGUUUUUUCUCAACCGCGCACCUGCCCGGCUUUACUAGGGGUGGGAUCCUGCUCGAGGCGUGGACGGAGGACAGCUAUGCGCAGUACACGGAGGAGCAGGACAGGCAGAAGCUCGUUGACCGUGGCGAGUUGGCGGACGACAGCAGUGCUGCUGAUGACAACGACCAGGCUGCGGCCCAGGAGGGCGCCGCCAAGGUCAGGCUCUUCCUGAAGGAGAGGAACAAGGAGCCGUUACGGCUGACCGCGUGGCUGGACACGGAGGCCCGGACUCUAGUUGGCGCAUACAGGAAGCAAAGAGAGAUCCCUGAAGACCGGGAGAUUAGGCUGAGAAAUGACGGUGAGUGGUUGGAGCCACACACGACGAUGGAAGAGGCCGACAUUGAGGACAUGAUGACUAUUGAGGUGUACCUCAAAUAG